GGUGCAGGCGCUCAGGGCCCUGAGGGCGGAAGGCGCCUCGCCAAGGGAGAGCACCCUGAGAGGCUCCGCGGGCCCCUGCGCCCGUCCCGACGCCGCGGUCCCGUCCGGGUGUGAGGAGGCUGCAGCCAGGCUGUGCUCAGGGAUGGACAAUGACAGGACAAGGGGCAACAAGCUGCAACACAAGAGGUUCCAAAGCAACACAAGGACAAAGUUGUUCCCUGUUGAGGGCAGACGCUGGCGAUGGAUGAUGCAGGGUUUACAGCCCAGGUGUUCCCGCUGCAGAGAUCAGGAGCCCGAGGCUGAGCAAAGCCCAGACGCCUGGGAAGGAGCCGCUGAACCCUGGCUAAUUACAGCUCUUAAUGACCUGGCAGCACAUGAAGCGAACCUGGAACUACUGGGGAGUUGCCUCAGGCCUCGGGGCCACGUGCAGCCACGCUGCAGCUCCAGAGCUGGCAGGAGGUGGAGGGCACAGAUGCAGGAGCUUCAGUGGCCGUCCUAAAAGCCUUUGCCCCAGCCAGGCACAUCCAGCACCUUCAAAGCCUCCUGCCCCAUUGAGACAUGGGGGCAGUUCAUGCAGCACCUGCUGAGCUCCCUGCUUGGAGUCACAGGGGAAAACAACGAGAGGGAUCCCAGUGUUACAAAAUGACUUCAAGCAGUGGAUGAACACCAGUGUGUUCUGUGAGGACGUCACACGAGCUGGGACAAACGUCACACGAGCAUAAACCGAGGGGUGGAAGUUGUCCUGCCCAUCACACCUUCACCUAUGAGCAAGGAAGACAGAUGGGAGCUGGGCUCCAGUUACUCCAGGAACUAGAACAAAACCUGCAGACCUCGGCGGGUUCCUCGCUGCUCUCGGAUAUUCUGCACAAGACCAUUCUCCACCCUCUUGGUGUAAAAUAUCCCCCUUCUAUCAAGUACAGAAGAUGCUUUCUCACCCAGCUCAUCAAAAAGCACGAAUCCACAGCAGCUGAGCCCCUGGAUGAGCUGUAUGAGCUGCUGGCAGGUAUCUUAAAUGGAGAGGAAUGUACUCACUGUUACAAAAACUACUUGCUGCCCACAGGAGACUCUGUCACCCUGUCUGAGAGCCUGGCUAUUGUGUCUGGAGGAACCACGGGGCUCGUCACGUGGGACGCUGCUCUGCAUCUCGCUGAAUGGGCACUGGAGAACAACACCAUUUUCACCAGCAGGACAGUCUUGGAACUGGGAAGUGGGAUUGGCUUCACUGGCAUUGCCAUCUGUAAAAGCUGCAAGCCCAGGACAUACAUCUUCAGUGACUAUCACCCCAGCGUUCUCAAGCAGCUGACACAAAACAUCCACUUGAACAGCUUUGUCCCAGAGCCUGGAACCACUCACUGUACCCCCCUGGAGUCCCAAGGGCUGGAAGGAGAAGCAAUGAAUGACCAAAAUCCAAAAGUAGUUGUUGCAGAACUUGACUGGGGCUGUGUUCCAGAGAAACAACUCUUGGAUCUUCAAGCUGACGUUGUCAUUGCAGCAGAUGUGGUGUAUGACCCUGAGAUCAUUUCAGCCCUUAUUGGCAUGCUACAAAAACUCAGAGCAGGCAGAAAACCUCCUGAGGUCUUCAUUGCCUCCACCAUUCGUAACCCAGACACGUAUCAGCUCUUCCAGGCUCAACUUGGUAAAGCUGGGAUCAGGUGGCAGAUUAUUCCAGCCCCUACCACCAGGAUUUUUCCCUGUGACAUGCAGCCAAAUGUGUCUCUUCUGCAGCUAUUUAUAUAGACUGGGCAGAUACCCUUCAGCUUUUCAAACCAACAGGAGCUGUCUCACCCUUGCAAUGGGAUUAGCUUGAAUUCCACAGUUGCACAUGAGAGGCACUGAGGAUACAACUACAUGCAUGGUCUGCUGUCAGUGAGUGAAUUGGCAGCAUGUAUGCCACUAAGCUGCUGCCCCUCACUAAAAGCUGAAGCAAUAGAGACAAAAGCCCAACCCAUGCUGCACCUUCAUUCUGUAGAGGACAACAGAAUUGAACUGUGGGUUUUGUUUCCAGCUGUAUUUUGACAUGUAAGCAAUGGCAGCAGGUCUGCAGGCUCACAGGAUGAGUACCUCACACCAACAAGGGAAUUAAACCCAGGAAUAAAUGCUUCUUAAUAUUAAAACCAGCUCUAAUUGUUUUUUGUACUAGUGUGUAUAUACCUGCAGUUAUGGGUCACCUUACAAAUGAGUCAUACCUGCACUGAAUGUGAUAGAGAGUGUCACAAGCUCCUG